AUGGCCAAAUCCUCACCGCUAGCUCCGCGUUUGUUGGCGGUGGCCAAUGCAGCCCUUGCAGCAGGUCCGCAACUAUGCAUAGCAGACAUUGGAUGCUAUGUGGGCAAUUUGGCGGUGCAUCUUGUGCAACAAGGAGCUCGGGUCGUUGCCAUUGAUGUCGCACCUGGCCCUUUGGAGCUUGCCCGCCAGAAAGCGCAAGAUGUGCUGUCCACGGAAGGACAGAGCCGCCUCGAAUUCCGCCUGGGCGACGGCUUUGCAGCUUUGAAGGUGGAGGACGAUGUGGGGGUAGCGUGUCUUGCUGGUUUGCCCGCAGGUCUUUUGCUGCAGCUUUUGAACUCGACCCCUCCAAGUGUUACACGCUUGGUGCUGCAGCCUACGUGCCCCACUGCUCCAGAGGCUAUGGCGGCACUGCGCUGCUGGCUCCAUGAUAGUGCUUGGCAACUCACAGAGCACAUCAGCCUUGAACGAGGUGGGGCUUGCAUCACCCUAGUGGCAGAUGCCUUGGAGGAUCAGCAAGGGAAUGUUCAUCAUUCUGGUGAAUGCACUGCAGUGGCACAGCACCGGGCACAGCUGUUGCCAAUGACUCUGCGGGAGCGGGUUUUCCAACAGCUGCUCCAAGGUGUUGAGGAUGAUGAAACGAAUGCUUACAUCGAGCUGUUGCAUGAGAAGCUUGAAUCAAUGCAUCCCGAUAGCCCACUCUUGUUGAAGCAGGUUGAAGCUGCAUAGCAGGGCAAAUUACGCACAUUCUCCAUGUUGAAAAAUCCAAGCUGCUCCACCCAACAAGAUCAAGCAAGGUCGCCCCUGGUCGCAUUUGUUCUGAUUCUUGGUCUUCAGCCAUGACUUUACUAAUAGCCACCAUGUUGCGCUUUGUGAUGGACCUAUGCUGGUUGUUUCUCGAUCAUUUCACACUGCCUCACAAUGAGGUAUUCCGGUCGACUAUGUACAUGUGAUAAGAGGUGGAUGAUGGAAGUAGUGGAAGAAGAGCUUUCGCUUGUGAAAGCCCUUCAGAGUCGUUUUGCGUCGCCUGGGUGACUCAUGCUAAUCAUUCUGGAUGUCACGCAGCCGUAUUUUCCAACCUAGCUUGCGCGGAAGGUGGAGGUUGCCUCUGUAGUGGUCAUCAAUGCAAAGGCUGAGGAAAAGACCAUCAACGCUCAUUAAGCAAGAUGCAGCAUGAUGAUCAUGAUGGCGCAUCACUUUGUGACAUGUUUUGACCACAUCGCAGUGCGUGGCGCACCAUCGCGGGCCUUGAUCAUGUUUGACACCAAGAUCUUCGAGAGAGCGUGGAGAUGCCGGCGGUGAUGUGGUAUGGCCAUAGACCAACGUGUCCACAACGAUCCAGUGACAAAUGGA